AUGUCUUUCACUCGAUCGUCUACAAAAUCCUCAUCAGUCAGGAGUGAUGUUGCGUCCGGGAGACGUCAAGCUCCCGGAAGUGACAGAGCUGCUGGCACCGAACUUUUCGUCAAUAUCACUGACGAUCAAUGCUCAUUGGUUUUUCAUGAAAUUUACGAUGUGAAAAUGUUCGGUAUGGAGAAAUGUCAUCCAUUUGAUGCGGGAAAAUGGGGACGAAUUUAUGCAAAAUUGAAAGGUAGGAAUAAUAUUGCCAAUCCAACGUUUCUGAAGAAU